AUGGAUCAAAGAAUAGACCGUGAACAGGCGAAACAUGAGGGCAAGGCUUCUCCGGAUACUGAGGAACAACAUACGCACGAGGAUGCGAUCUUCCACGAUACGUCAGGACAAGCACACCAUGGACCAGGAUACGUCAAUGGCAGGAAGACCAAGAUUGAUCUGCUGUCACUCAAGCGACCACACAUGAGAGCUUUCCACGCCUCUUGGUUUGCCUUCUUUAUUUGCUUCACCAUGUGGUUUGCUAUCCCACCGCUCAUGGUGACCAUCAAGAAGCCUCCCUGCCUGAGCGCAGACUCCCCUGUCUGCCAGCAGUGUGCUAUCAACUUCCCCGAUCCCUUGGCUCUCGGGAAGGACAAGAUCUGCGCGCAGUGUGCCCCCUACGACGACCGUGUGGGAGCAGGGUGCGGAGGGCUGGGCCUGUCCGCCUCGGACAUCACGACGUCCAAUGUCAUGUCCGUGUCAGGCACCUUGAUUAUCCGUAUUUUCAUUGGGCCCAUUGCUGAUAGCUAUGGAGUGAGGAGGACCUACUCUGUGCUGCUGAUCCUCUUGUCCAUACCAGGGUUCUGUGCUGCGGCAGUGACCAACUUAUCAGGGCUCCUUGCUGUCAGGUUCUUCAUCUCACUGGUGGGCGGCUCCUUUGUACUCACCCAGCUGUGGACUAGCCUGAUGUUCCAUACCAACGUGGUUGGUCUUGCCAACGCAACCUCGGCAGGAUGGGGAAACCUUGGAGGAGGGGCGUCGCUUGCAAUCAUGGGCACUGUAUUUGCAUCGUUCAAGUCGCAAGGUUACACGAACAAUCAAGCAUGGAAGUACACACUUGCAUGGCCUCCUUCCCUCUUGUUCAUCACGGGAAUUGUUAUCUUGUUCUUCACGGAUGACUCCCCGGAGGGGAAUUUUUGCGACAUGCGAAAGGACAAGGAGGAGAAAGCGAAGGAUGGAAAGAGUGAUGGCGUGAAAAACUUAACGACUGAAGAAGCAAUACUGGCAUCUGGAGGGGAGCCAACCAACAUUGCACAGAAGUCUCUGGUUCUAGCAGCAAAGAAUUGGAACUGUUGGAUUCUCUUCGCCUGUUAUGCUUUUUCCUUCGGAGUAGAGCUGGUCGUGAACAGCAACAUGCCCUUGUACCUCUCGCAAGCUUUCACCCUGACUCAGGCACAGGGUGGGAUGGCAGCUUCGCUAUUUGGUCUGUGCAACCUCUUUGCAAGACCGCUAGGCGGCUUUGUCUCUGACGAGAUGUUCAAACUCUUUGGGGUCCGUGGCCGUCUGUGGGCCCUGUUUUUGUGUACCAUUGCAAUGGGCUCAUCCCUGCUUGCCUUCGCUAGUUGCACACAGAGUUCGAGUGGCAUCACAGGCGCACUAGUAGCGCUCUUCUUCUGGGCAACCCUGACGAACAUGACGGAAGGCGCUUGCUUCGCUGUUGUACCUUUCGUCGAGCCUUCAGCCAUCGGAGGGGUGGCAGGGCUUGUCGGAGCAGGAGGGACGGCAGGAGCUCUAGGAGGCAAUUUCUUGGUGAGGAUCGGAGGAAGGCCUGCGUUCUGCAUGCUGGGCUGGCUGGCAAUGAUCACUGGGAUGUUGGUCCCUAUCAUCUGGAUGCCUGGGUUUGGCUCCAUGUUCCUAGGGGCUGAGAAGGAAGAAGAGCAUGGUCCUGCGCGAAUCGAGAAGUUUGAGGAGAUGGUCAACGUCGAGAUGGCUCCUGAGGUUGUGGAGUACGCCGGGAUAAGCAGAAAAUCCAACGAAGAGGAGGAACGUCGGUCGAGCAAUGGCAGCUUUGUGGUUAACCUGGAAGGGGCUUGA